AUGACACGAAGUCUAUCAUCAUCAUCAGCAGCAGCAGCAUCAGCAUCAGCAUCAUCGUCCUCUAGUAUUCUCCUUUUGGUGUUGCUCGCAUUGCUCAGCAGCAUCUCAUGCGUCACUGCUGACUCCAACAAAAAGAAGGAAUGCAUCAAACUCUCGCGUGGCAAGGAACUCAAGGAACAACUGGCGUCGGGCAACAACGUCUUGCUAGUCCUUGGCAAUGACGAUGACGAAGCCACCUACAAGGAAUUGUGUUCCCGUCUCGAACAAACUCCGACCGAUCGUGUCAAGGAUUUUGACAUUGCCUUUGUCAAGGAUUCCAACAUGCGACGCAACGUCAUGGCCAAGGCGGAGCCCCCCAAGUUGAAUAUCUUGGCCAUGGUGGAAAAGAAGGUUGUGGAUUUGGUCACUGGGACACCACCACCCAACCUAGAAGUCAACUUUCCCGAAUACGUCCUGUAUACCAAGGACAAUGCCGAAACGGGCAUUCGAUUUUUAAAAGACAGUGUUGCCGCAGCUGGCGGUGGUGACAAUGACAAUGAUGAAAAAGAUGAUAACAGCAAGGCCAUGGCCGAUGCGGUUUCCGAUUUCAUUUCCACCCAGUUGCACACCAAAAAAAUUGGUUCCUUUGUCUACGCGUUGGGUUCCUAUGAUAUGGUGGCGGCCCAAAUCAUGAAGUACGAUACCGGUUCGUGGCAGCAACGAUUUUGGGCCGAGGGCGUCAGCAAGAUUUUGCAAACCAUGUUUCUCAAGUAUCCCAUUGCCAAAUGGACUGGCCAAACGACUCCCGUGAUGGAAUUUGAAAUGGAAUUGAUUAACAAUUACAUCAAAAUUGGCAACAAGGUAGUCCAAGAAGGAAAGUUGUAUCCCGAAAAUCAAGUCAAACGUUUGGAAGACAUGUUGGAAAAUGAUAAGAAUAGCAUUGGAGAAAUGAAAAAGGAAAGCAUGUCCCAACGUGUCUACACACUCAAACGAUUCUCCGAACCCGAAACCUUUGGCGACAAGGAAAUCAUGUCCUUUUUGGUCAAGAUUGGAAUGAAUCUAUUUACCUUGUUGCUCAUGCUAGUCAUGAUUCCAAUGAUGUUCUUGUCUAGUCCAGAGGAUGAGGACGAGGAAGGAGAAGGCAAAAGUGAUGACAAGGAGGAAAGUGAUGAAAAAGAAACAGCUGGAGCGGAAACGGAAGAAAAAAAGGAAAAGUAA